AUGAAUUUUCAUACUUUGUUAAAAUAUAUUUAUAAUCAAGAAGAUAUUAUUUCAAAAAUAAAAUCAUAUGAUGAAACUAUUGAUAUUGAAUUACAAUGGCCAAGCUGUAAUUUAAUUGUAAUCGAUAAUCAAAUAUUUUUACCAUAUAAAGAAGAAAUAUCGUUACAAAAUAUCAAUCGUUUAUUACAAUGGACAAUUGGAAAAAUUUUAAUUUUUUAUUAUAAUCACAAUGAUAUAAUUGAUGAAAUAAAAGUAAUAAAAAGAAUUGUUCAUGUAUUCUUAACAACAUUAAGACUAUAUAUUUUAAAAUAUGAAAAUAAUAAUGAAAUAUUAUGUAAAAAAAAUGUAAAUUUAAUUGAAUUAAUAUCAUUAUUUCAUUAUUCAUGUUUAUUUGUUGAUAAUGUACAAAUAGAAGAUAUUAUAAAUAAAGGUAAUAUACAAUCAUAUAUUCGUUUACAUAAUAUUAUUUAUCAUGACAUGAUUAAAUAUAAAAAUAAUAACUUUAUUUAUAUUAAUAAUAUGAUGAAUGAUUUUCAUGUAGAAUAUUUUAAAAAUAUUAUUAUCAAUUCCAAACGUUUUCAAUUAUUAUUAUUGUUAACAUGUAAUGAUAAAUAUAAUAUGAAUAUAAAUGAAGAUUGUUUAAUUGAACAAUUAAACAUAAUUAGAAAUAAAUUAAAUGUAUAUAAUGUUAAGUUACCUAUACUUGGUUUAGCUGGAUUAAAUUAUGUCAUUUAUCAAGAUAAAAAAAAAUUAACUGAACCUACUUGGUCAAAAAUAAUGAUGGAUACAAGAUUACUUGUAAAUUUGAUUCAUGAAUUUUUUUAUAUAUUUGUACGAUCUUAUACUAAUGAUUUUUCAUAUGGUAUAUUUCAUCGAAUAGAAUCUUUAGAAGAUGGAUAUUUGUUUGAAAAACAAAUUUUUGGCACAAUUAAAUAUAAUUUCUGGUAUGAUGAUAGCUGUUGUCAAUUAAUAUUUGAUAAAAAUACAUGGUCAUCAUCAACAAAUAGUUGUUUAUUUACAAGUAAUAUAUUAACAAAAUUAGAAGAUAUCACUACAACGAAUCAAAAUUUUUGUAGAGAUAAUACAAAUAUACAAUUCUCUGGAAUUGAAUAUGUUCGUAAUAAUAAACUUACAUAUGAAUAA